GUAUGGCGCGGGUGGGGCCUGUGUGUGCGCCGUAGAGACGGUAAUGUGAGCGGAGACGCGCAGGCAGCAGCCCGUUCACUGAAGCGUUAUAGAUGACCCUGCGAGGACCCGCUGCUGUGUUUUUUUGUUCGAGCUCGGCCUGUAAAUGCCGUUGUUGUGCGGGAAGAUCCGGCGCCGCCGUGACGGUCGUGCGAUGCUGAGCGAGCGGCCGGAGCGGCUCGUGCUGUGAUUCGUCGUGGCGGAGGAGGGCAGUGCGGGUUAAAACACCACGAGCGAGAGGAUUAUUACGGCUUCCAUUAUGGUGCACUAGCCGAGCCUGAUGCCUGGAGACUGAGGGGCGAUGUGAAACGCAUUGAUCUCGCUCGCUCGCUCCCGUUCGGUGCACCGAGGACGAAGAAUGAACGACGCGCGAGAUAUGUCUCCCGAUUUCGUCUUGAUGCGCCUGGUCUCCGCGGCCGAGGACGACCGCCGCCUGGACGACGAGAGCGGCACCGUGUCGUCGGGCGGCGGGACGCUCUUGGCUCACGGCGGCGUGAAGAGCAAAGUGGAGCGCGCGCGGGGGGCGCCCACGGCGGCGGCGGCAGCGGCGAACAACAAAGCGCCGCGGCACGGCGGCCCCGAGGCACCUGACGUCCAGGCGACGACGGGGCCCGCGGCGCCUCCCCCGCUUCACGCCGCCGAGGCCGCGCGGAGAGGUGCGAUGGCGGGGCCUCAGCUGCUGGUGUUCCGAAACCUGCCGCGGGAGUCCGAGAGCUGCGACGACGCUGAGGGACAGGCGGGCACCGGCCUGAACGACGAGCUGGAAGGCGGCGCCGUGGACGCGCGACAACACCCGCCGUGGGCGCUCCAGCUCCAUCCGCGGCUCAGACUGGACGGACCGGGGUCCGAGCUGUGCCACCAGCACGCCGUGGUCACGGACCGAGCGAACUGGCCAUUGGCGGCGGCAACACCGGACGCCGGUACCCCUCUCGGGCCGGUUCUGGAGCUGGCGAGAACAUUCGGGCAGCUGGGGGUCGCCGGCGUCCCUGAAUUUCUGCUCAAGGAGGGCGAGCUGCCGCGCUGCUCCUGUCAAAGCGCCCUGGGACAGGUGGCGGUGGCAGCAGCGGCUGGGGUCCGGCAGGGAGAGGACCCAACAGAGACCAGUGAUGCCCUGCUGGUGCUGGAGGGCCUCGAGUCUGACGAGGUGAACGGCCUAGGCCAGAAGAGCCAGCCCGGGCAGCAGGACAGGGAUGGCAGUUGUGGACAAAUCAAGGGGGACCUGGCAGGUGAUGUGGCAGGUGCCGUGGCUGGUGCCUUUGCCCUAAAAUGCUUGCCCACCAUGCUGUCAGCGCAGGCCGUCGGGGUCAACGGAGCACUUUGCUCCACGGCCUGCCACGACCCGCAGCUGUGUUGUUUGCUGAGAGGCUCUCUGGCCCCUAGAGUUCAGACCAGUCCUGCUGCUGACAGGCUCUCGCCGGACGUCCCAGUGACAGAAUCACCAGAAUCGCUCCGGGACACUCCAGCUUCAAGUCCUAAGAGGACUGCUGGGGCACUUUCUCCUCCUGGUGCCAGCAGGGGAGGUUUUAAGACGCUGAAGGUUCCGGGCAAGUCAAGAAAAGGGUCUCUCAAAAUUCGCUUGAGCAAACUUUUCAGAACUAAAAGCUGUAGUGGCUCCAAUAACCUGCUGGAUAAGAGACCUUCAGUUACAUUCUCCAUAUCCUCAGCUGGAAGUUUGGUGGACAUGUCAGGGGUGAACAGUGUGGAGCAAGACACAGCCAGCCAACCUGGACUAACAAGGGCCCAAAGUGCCUUCUCUGCUGCUGCUUUCACUCCUGUCUUCACUGGAGAGACUGUGUCGCUGGUGGAUGUGGACAUCUCUCAGAGAGGGAGAAACUCUCCCCACCCCCCAACACCCCCGCCCCCUCCACGCAGGAGCCUCAGCCUGCUAGACGAUAUAGGUGGGCCGCAGCCCGGGCCUUUCCUAGUGAAUGUCAUGGGGGCAUCCCUGCAGUCUCUCCCCCUGCCUCUUCCUCCACCUCCCCCCCUCCAUGCCACCAUCCAGCACAGUCUCAGCCUCAAUGAUGCUUUCUUUCGAGCACUUCCUCAUUCUGCCCCAUCACCAAUGGAGACUCCUCCACCAUCGCGAGUGGCUCCACCUCCAAAUCUGUGUCCUCUGAGGGGAGUUGAUUCCAGCAGCUUCACAGCAAGCCUGAGGGAACUAGAGAGGUGUGGCUGGUACUGGGGGCCGAUGAACUGGGAGGACGCUGAACUCAAGCUAAAAGGAAAGCCUGAUGGCUCCUUUCUGGUGCGGGACAGUUCAGACCCCAGAUACAUACUCAGUCUCAGCUUUCGCUCACAGGGUGUCACACACCAUACACGCAUGGAGCACUACAGAGGGACGUUCAGCUUAUGGUGCCAUCCAAAGUUUGAGGACCGCUGCCAUUCUGUGGUGGAGUUCAUUGAGCGUGCCAUCAUGCAUUCUAAGAAUGGAAAAUUCCUUUACUUCCUUCGAUCACGUGUACCUGGGCUCCCACCAACACCAGUGCAGCUGCUGUAUCCAGUGUCUCGCUUCUGUAAUGUCAAGUCGCUGCAGCACCUCUGCCGCUUCUGUAUCCGACAGCUCGUCCGCAUAGAUCACAUUCAGGAGCUCCCUCUCCCGAAACCCCUUAUUGUCUACCUGAGAAAGUUUUACUACUACGACCCAGAGGAAGAGAUGUACCUGUCAAUCAAAGGCAUGCGCCAGAUAGCGGGCGUGGACCAAGAGCCAGAGUCUGAGACGUAGCCGGAAGAGCCAUGUUCGCAGUGUUCUGUGUAUGGGUAGCAGAUGGGAUAGCGCAUAGACAGUGCUGGUGCACAGCUCUGCCCUAACUCCCCAUCAGUCUUCCAGCAGAAGCCAAUGAACAUCAUCGGAACUGCCCCCUUCUUAUUUUGGUCAAAAAGAAGACAGCAGGGGGCAGUGGAAUCCUGGAGUGCCAUCCAUAUGAAACUGGCGAACAAUCCAGAGACUGAUCUGGCAGACAGGACUGAAAACUAACCACAUAGGACAUUUAAUGUGAUCUGGAGUUAUGGCAUAAACCUCCAUCUGUAGCUUUCUCAUGGGGAAAAAAACAACAGAGUUUUUAACCUGGACGCAUUUGUGAAUCACUUUCCUUUAUUUUGGAUCUUCUUUCUCUCCCUGUUAUCUUGCUGUCCCCUUUAUUUCUCCAUUACCUCAACUGUAACUUCCUCAGUCUGACAGCAGGCCACAUGAACCGUCUUUUAAGUAAAAGAAAAUGAAAAUGAAAAA